AUGUCUGGUCGCGGAAAAGGAGGAAAGGGUCUUGGAAAGGGUGGUGCCAAGCGUCAUCGCAAGGUUCUACGAGACAACAUCCAAGGUAUCACGAAGCCUGCUAUCCGCCGUCUAGCAAGAAGAGGUGGAGUCAAAAGAAUCUCUGGUCUCAUCUACGAAGAGACACGCGGUGUACUGAAAGUUUCUGAUACAUUGAUUAGUAAUCUAGAGAGGAAGGACAGUGUAAAUGCCUCUGAUAUGAGGAACUAUGACAAUGGUGGCUUGCCAUACUCCUGUGAGGGCAUCUCACUGAUGAACAUCAAACCAACACUCUCAAUGUGGGUCAAAUUAAGAUGA